AUGGGUAAAACAACUCUAGCAAGAGUUGUUUACAGUAUGAUUUCUAAUCAAUUUGAAGCAUGUAGUUUUGUUGCUAAUGUCAGGGAAGUUUGCGAAAAAUAUGGCAUACUUCAGUUACAACAAAAACUUUUGAAUGAUCUUUCAAUUCUAAGAGACAUGAAUGUAAAAGAUGUUGAUAAUGCAGUUUACAUGAUCAAGAAUAGGUUACGUCACAAAAAGAUUCUUCUCAUUAUUGAUGAUGUAAAUGAAUUAGACCAGAUGAACAAAUUAGGUGCGAAGCAUGAUUGGUUAGGUCCAGGUAGUAGAGUUAUCAUAACAACAAGAGAUGCGAAGUUGCUAACGACCCAAAAAGUAGAUGGAAUAUAUGAGGCUAAAGUAUUGAGUAAUGGUGAAGCUUUUCAUCUUUUUAAUUUGAAAGCUUUUGACAAAGAGCAUCCUCCUAAAGAUUAUCUAAAGCUAUCCCUAGCCUUUGUACAUUAUGCUGGUGGCCUUCCUUUAGCCAUUGAGGUUUUGGGUUCCAUUCUAAACGGAAGAAGUACUUUUGAAUGGAAAAGUGUAUUAGAUAGGCUUAGAGAAUUUCCUGAAAGAAAAAUUCUCAAUGUACUUCAAAUAAGUUUUGAUGGACUACAUGAAACAGAGCAGGAAAUUUUCUUGAAUAUUGCAUGCUUCUUUAAUCAUAAAAAUCAAGAAACUAUUAUUCCAAUAUUAGAUUGUCUUGAGCUUUACCCUAAAAUUGGAUUAAGUACUCUUAUUGAAAAAUCUCUCAUCAAGUUGGAAGACAAUCAAUUGUGGAUGCAUGAUUUGCUCCAAGAAAUGGGUCGAGAUAUAGUCCGUAGAGAGUGCCCAAAAGACCAACCUGAGAAGCGUAGUAGAUUGUGGUUGUAUGAAGAUAUUGACAAUGUGUUGACAAAUAAUACGGGAACAGAAGCAAUUCAAGGCAUCGUCUUACCGUUUCUAGGAACAGAAGGGGCACAGUGGAAUCCUGAAUCAUUUUCAAAGAUGAAUCGUCUAAAACUCCUCAUAAUUGAAGAUUCUUACCUCAUGUAUGAUCCCAAAAAUCUUCCUAAUGGCUUAAGAUAUCUUAAUUGGCAUGGGUACCCUUCAAAAUCUUUGCCAACAAGUUUCCAACCAGAUGAGUUAAUUGAACUUCACCUGUGUUUUAGCAACAUUGAACAACUUUGGACAAGAGCAAAGCCUUGGGAGAUGUUGAAAAAGCUUAUUGUUCUUAAUCUAGAAGGUUGUAAAAAUCUCAAAAGUCUUCCAAGAAAAUUUGAGAUGAAGUCUCUAAAGAUCCUUAUUCUUUCCAACUGCUCAAAAAUUAAAACAAUUCCAGAAUUUGGGGAGAAUAUGGGACGUGUAAAAGAUCUUUACUUAAAUGGCACUGCUAUUACAAAACUACCCACAUCAAUUGGGAAUUUGAGUGGCCUUGUUUCAUUGGAUGUAAGGGAUUGUAAAAAUCUUAUGUCUCUUCCCAGCACCUUUUUUAGUUUGACGGGGCUUAAAGAUCUCAGUCUUUCUGGCUGCUCAAAACUAAUAGAGAACUUGGGGCGUGGUGAAAGUUUUGAUGGGAUCGGACAAAUGCCUUCUUCUAAGGCCAUGUUCGAAACUUUAAAAAAAUAG